AUGGGGGAUCCUCGAGGUUCAGCAACGGCCGCUGUAGGCAGCUGCGGGGAAUACGAAGGCCUGACGGCCCCCCCCGAGCUGCAGGGGGCCCUAAAGGGGCCCCUUGGUGUUGCUGCGGGCUGCUCCCCGGCUGCUGUGCAGGGGGGCCCCCCUGCUGCUGCUGCGGCCGCUGCUGCUGCUGCUGCCUUCAGCAACGCCUUCAAGAUCCCACUUGAGGAGGGCGCCGAAACAGAAGGCUCCACAGAUAUUGCUGCAAGCACAGCUGGUAGGCGGAGGGAGAGCAGCAGCAGCACCAGCAGCAGCAGCAGCAGCAGCAGCAACAGCAAGCCCGAGGGAUCUGGCAGUGACGUUGAACGCGAGACCCCCACGAGUGCCGCUUCUUCUUCUGUUGCUGCUGUUCCGCCUGAAUGCCUGGGCCACCCCUCAGAGGCCUCAACAACAGCAGCAGAUCCAUCAGCAGCAGCAGCAACAGCACCAGCAACAGCACCAGCAGCAGCAGGAGCAGCAGGUUGGGGCCUUCCUCCUUCUGCAUCCGCUGCAGAGUCUCCUGAGGCCGCUAGCGAAGUGAUUGGAGAAGAAUUGCAAAAGAAAGACUCUUCUCAUUUAGAUGUGCAUGCAGCUGCGCAGACACCUCAGCAAUUACCCCCAGACGAGGGGCCGCCGGGGGCCCCCCAAGGGGCCCCCGAGGAGGCAGGUGGGGGCCCCACAGGCAGCAGCUGGCAGCAGAUAGGAGAGCAUCUUCCUGCUGAUAAUAUGGCUGGGGGAGUCGAGCCCAUGAAGCUCAAGCGCAGCAGCAGCAGCAGCAGCAGCAGCAAGAGCAGCGGCAGCAGCAGCAAACCAGGUUUUAGGGGCCUCCUGGACCUCUUCUAUUCGCGACAGAGGCAGCAGCAAAUUGAAGAGCUACGAGGAAAGACGGAGGCAAGGCAGCAGCUAGCGACAUGGAGUCGUGCUGCUUCUCAUCGUGCAGCAGCAGCAAAAACGAGCAGCAGCACCAGCAGCAGCACCAGCAGCAGUAGCAGCAGCAGCAGCAGCACCAGGUAUAGCGUGCUCUCACGUUUCCUGCGGAGCUCGUCUCUGGAGCAGCAGCAGCAGCAGCAGCCGCAUUUAAACCGCUUCAGUUCUUGCUUUGGGGGCAGGCUGGGGGAUGCAGAGCUGCAGCAGCUGCAGCAACAGCAGGACCACCUGCAGCAGCAGGAGGAGCAGCUGCAGCAGCAGCAAUCGUUGCUGCGGCAGCUGCAGCAGCGAGCGGGGGAGAGGCCCCGGGGACCCCUUAUAGCAGCACGCUCUCAGAUGCUGCAGCUGGAGCAGCAGCAAGACGCCUUGGCGCGUCGCUGCUGCUGUCCUGCUGCGUUGCCGCCGCAGCAGCAGCAGCUGCAGCAGCUGCAGCAGCUGCAGCACUUACACCCGGAGGAGGAUGAACAGCAGCAGCAGCAGCAGCAGCAGCAGCAAAAGAAAGGAGCUUCUGUCUCCUUGGAGCUUGCAAGAAGACGAAGAAAAAAACGCAUGCACAGCCUUCCUCCUCGUCUUUUCUUGUGGGGGGCGGUUGAAGCUGCUGCUGAGCUGCCCUCUGCCCCUCCUGCUGCUGCUGCUGCUGCUGUUGUUGCUGCUGCUCCUGAGGGGGCCCAGAGCGCACCGAGCACGACUUCCGUAGCAGCGGAGUUGGGGGGUGUGGCUUCAGAAGCUGCAGCACAGGCAGCAGCUGCAGCAGCAGCAGCAGCAGCUGCAGCAGCAGAGUUUAAAGAGUGUGUCGAUACAUUCCUUGCUCUCCGCAAGACCGUCAGCGACAGCUGUCUCCUCAGUGCGCGCAGCAGCAGCAGCAGCAGCAACAACAACAACAACAACAACAGCAGCAACAGCAGCAACAGGAGGAGGAAGCCCCGGUGGGCGGGUGAAAGGCUAGCUAGCCGUGCAGGUGUACAGGAGUUAUUAGAUAAGGCUUUAAAUGCUGGGGGUGCUGCUGCUGCUGCUGCUGCUGCUGCUCCUGAAGGUGCUGCUGCAGUUGCAGUGUCUGUAGAGGGCCUCGUUGGGGCGCUGCAGCUGCGCGUGCUGCAGGGACAGCAGCGAGCCCGUCUCUUCUUUUUAAUAUUUAAAAGUAAAAACAAAUAA